GCGCGAGCGAGGCAGAAGUAACCGAAAACUCCGGCUAAGAAACGAUCCGAAAAUCUUAUACCAAAUUCAACAAUUUGGUUCGGAAGAGUUGAUGAUUUUCUUGGGGGAAUUUCCAAGGGAUUACGAGGAUUUGUUAAUGUUUUUAGUUUCUUCCUUCUGAUUAUAAGAUUUAUUUUUUCAUUCAAUUGUUAGUUAUUGUACAUUAGAUUAUGUUUUAGUUGACGAGAAGAUCUUAUCACUCGAGAAUUAUGAAGAACGCAAUGGAUAAUUUACAAGAUCUGAUCCAGGAAGUCAAGCUUCGGACGGUCUGGUGGAUUCUCUGUAUAUUCUCGGUGUCUUAUUUCUUGACACAUACUAGUAAAUCAAUGCUAAUGAAUAUUCCCAUAGCUGUGCUCUUGGUUUCUGGACUAAGAAUAUUGUUUAAUGAGGUGGAGUUCCGGUGGAAAGACCGGAGUAUCAGACCAACAUCCUACUUGUCACACUUAGAAAAGAAGCAGCUAUCUGUGAAUGAUUCUCGUCUUACUUCCCUGCCUCCUGCAAAAAAAUGGAAGAGAAACAUAGAUUCCCCUGUUAUAGAAGCAGCCAUUGAGGACUUCAUCAACAAAAUCUUGCAUGAUUUUGUCUUAGAUUUGUGGUAUUCAGAUAUUACACCUGACAAAGAGGCACCAGAGCUGAUACGUGCUAUAAUCAUGGAUGUCCUUGGUGAAGUAUCUGGAAGAAUCAAAGAAGUGAACCUUGUUGACCUGUUGACAAGGGAUGUGGUAGACCUGAUAGGAGAUCAUUUUGAACUUUUUAGAAGAAACCAUAUUGCUAUUGGCACAGAUGUUAUGGGCACAUUGUCUUCUGAAGAAAGGGAUGAAAGAUUGAAGCAGCAUCUACUGGCCUCUGAGGAGCUGCAUCCUGCUUUGAUAUCUCCAGAGUGUGAGUACAAGGUAAUUCAGCAGCUUAUGGGUGGGCUUUUAGCUGUUGUGUUAAGACCAAGGGAAGCACAAUGCCCUUUAGUUCGAUGCUUUGCUCGUGAGUUCCUAACUUGUUUGGUAAUGCAACCAAUAAUGAAUUUCGCUAGCCCAGGGUAUAUUAAUGAGUUGAUUGAGUAUAUAAUUCUGGCCUACAAUGACUGGUCCAAGGUUUUUUCCACUGAUCAACCACCUAAUCCUGAGGGUCAUAACUGUGACCACACUGUUUCUGAAGAAAAUGGUUCCAACAACCAAGGGAGUGAUGCCUCUUUAUCUCGGUUCGAUGAUAACAGGGAACUAGACUCUGGUGCCCUGGGAAAUCUCUUGCCUAGUACAAUGCAGGAUGAACACAUACAUCCACGGCCUGCUGACUGGGCAAAAGUGUUUGAUGCAGCAACUCAGAGAAGAACAGAAGUUCUUAUGCCUGAAAAUCUGGAAAACAUGUGGACCAUAGGAAGACACUACAAAAAGAAACUCCAAAAGAAGGCUUCUGCAGAACUUCAAGCCCCUGAAGUUACAAGUUCAGUAACCGUCGUAUUUCCUAGAAAAGAUUUGGUGACUGAAAUAGCAAAACAGAAGCCUGAAACAUCUAUUGAAGUAGAAGGUAAAGCUUCGAAGCAACUAACACCCUGGCUCGAACAAGAUACUCGACCUACCGAUCACAGUAUUGAUGCCUUGAGCAGGUCACAAGAUCUCAACAAGAAGGUGUGUCCAGAGGGAGGCUGUACUGCUAAUAACCUGGAGAACAAUGACGAUGUUGUUUCCCCUGAAAACAGAAAUAAACUUAAAAGAUCAAAUAGCACUUCUGAUUUAGAAGUUCAGUUGAACCUUGUUAAUGUGUUUACUAGUCAAACCAGUACACCCUUCUUUACUGAAUCCUGUGGUGCAGAUGUUAAUAAGUCUAAUGUACAAGGUGAAGUACCACAUGCUCCAAAGUUGAGAUGUCAGGUUGUUGGAGCAUACUUUGAGAAACUUGGCUCAAAUUCUUUUGCAGUUUACUCAAUUUCUGUUACUGAUGCUGAGAACAACACUUGGAUUGUGAAAAGAAGAUAUCGGAAUUUUGAGAGAUUGCAUAGGCAUCUUAAGGACAUUCCUAAUUAUACACUACAUUUGCCGCCCAAAAGGAUAUUCUCUUCAAGUACAGAGGAUGCUUUUGUUCAUCAGCGCUGUAUUCAGCUUGACAAGUAUCUCCAAGAACUCUUGUCAAUUGCCAAUGUUGCUGAGCAACAUGAAGUUUGGGAUUUUCUAAGUGCCUCGUCCAAGAACUACUCAUUCGAGAAAUCGCCAUCUGUAAUGACGACUCUGGCAGUUAAUGUGGAUGAUGCCGUGGAUGAUAUUGUACGCCAGUUCAAAGGGGUUUCCGAUGGCAUAAUGCGGAUGGUGGCUGGAUCACCCUCCUCUUCUCAUGAACAAGCCUCUCCAAUGGCCAGCAGAAACCUGUCCUGGAAUGCUGAUGAUAUGAACAAAUUGACUGUGAGGCAAAGUACCUCAGAUUCGCUCAACAGUUUUUCUGAUAAUGAGGAAGGUGAUAAAGAUGCAAACCAUGGGCAACAGGAAAUAGAAUCUUCUGCCCAAGCGAACGAGUCGCACUCAGACAAUGAAUUGAAAGAGGAUCCAACAGGGGUUCCUCCAGAGUGGGCGCCACCAAAUUUAACUGUUCCAGUUCUUAAUUUAGUUGACAAAAUAUUUCAGCUCAAACGAAGAGGCUGGCUAAGGAGGCAGGUCUUUUGGAUAUCAAAGCAAAUAUUGCAGUUAGUCAUGGAGGAUGCAAUUGAUGACUGGCUCUUAAGGCAAAUCCAAUGGCUCCGCAGAGAGGAUGUCAUAGCACAAGGGAUUCGGUGGAUCCAGGAUGUUCUCUGGCCUGGUGGAACAUUCUUUAUGACUAUGCGCAUUCAAAAGAAACUAAGUGGUACUCAAGCUAAUCAGGGAUCACAAACUACAGAGCAACAAGGUGGGAAGACAGUCACUCAACCAGAAUCUUUUGAGCAACAGCUUGAAGCUGCUCGCAGAGCUAGUCACGUGAAAAAGAUUAUCUUCAAUGGUGCUCCAACCGCUUUGGUCAGCUUGAUUGGGGCUAAGCAGUAUAGACGAUGUGCUAGAGAUAUUUACUAUUUCCUUCAGUCUACAGUUUGUUUGAAGCAACUUGGUUAUGGAAUACUGGAACUUGGUCUAAUAACAAUAUUUCCAGAAUUGCGUGAUGUUGUGAGGAAUAUCCAUGAAAAGAUGCAUAUACAUCCUUCCGACAACUGAAUUUUGCUUUUCUCCAUCUCACUAUGUUAACGUGGCUAGCCUGAGCGUGAGCGCUCUAUUGACAUUGGAUGAGUGAAAGAAAAUAGGAUUAUCAUAUGAUUAUAUGUUUGUUUGUUAGUAAAUAGGAGCAGAGGCGUGUAAGUCAUAAUAGCUUAGCAUAGUUUCAUUGGUGGAAAUGUCAACAAGAAGUUGUUUCUGCGCUUGGUGUAGUACAGAAGUUUCUGCCGCAGCCAGAGGCUUUCUUCAAUUUUGUGAAGGGUAAAGUGUAGGAAUCCAAUACAACUAAUAUUGUAUCUACUAGUUGAAAAU